UUAUUUAUUAAUGUGUAAACCUUUUAGCAGCAAUUAUCAUAUAGUUUAAAUUUAGAAUUAUUCAUGUUUAAUUCAAAUAGAAUUGUCAAUUUAGUUGAUCAAAAAACCUGAACGUCUUUUUGUGUCAAUUUGUAAUAAUUUAAUAUAAAAUAUAAAAUAUUUUAAGAAUUUUAAUAUUUUGUAUAUAAUUAUAAAGCAAUGUCUAAGGAAGGUAAUGAGGGUCCGCCGGAUGUACCACCCGAUGCUUUAGACACUGAAGAACCGGGUGAUACAGGUGUUCCGAAGGAGGGUCCUUCCGAGACACACGCAGAAGAUGUGGAGCACACUGCUGUAAAAAUAGACGAAGUUGUGAGGAGGAUUUCACGGAAGCAGUCCGUAUAUCCAGCUACACCUGGACCAUCAACACAAAUUGUAGAUAUAGACCGGACUGCUUUAGAUGCUAUUCUCGAUGUCUCUUCAAGAUUGAAAGACAUUCAGAAGAAAAGUAAAGUUUCAAUGAGUACUUUGGCUCUAGCUCAUGAAUCUUACAAGGACAAACAAGCAAAAGCGAAAGAAGCUCGCCAAAAUAGAAUAGGAGGAUUGAAGUCUCAGAGUAGGUUUCUAUUGGAAGUCGCAGCUUCGCUUUUAAAUAAAUCUGUCGAAUAUGUAUUGGAAGGUGUAUAUGAUGCGGAUCAUCAUAUUGAUAUUUUAGAUAGCGUUUUAGUUGAAGGGGGUAGGAGUUGUUGCGUUCUUUGUGACGCUGUUUUGCCACCUUUGAAAAUGGAGUCUGGAAGAUUUGUACCAAAUCAGAAAGGUAAGAUGGAAAGGACGUACAUUUCUGAUACAGCAACAAUAGGAACUGAAGGAAUGUGUGUAGCAAUGUACAGAAUAAAAAAUAAAACUGUUGAUAUGAAAUCAGUUGCGGAUGACUUCUUUUUGGUAAUUUUUGAUAUGAAUCAAGAAACUGAAAAUGUCGUGUCUGGUAUAUAUAAGACUAUGAAACGUGUAUACGUACCGGCUUUACAAGCGUGUAAGGCUUGGGGAGAUUUAAACCCUCCUAAUCCCAAAAGUGAAGAUAUUAUAAAAAGCUAUAUAUCCAAGAUCAUGCUGUUUAUUGACUAUCUAGCGAAAACCAAAAUCGACUUGGAUUGCUGUACGAAGUUUAAAAUAAACUUGGUACUUUAUGAAGAAGAAUUGGCUGAUCAGGAUAAAAUGAAAUUAGCGGUUACAAAAACACACGUCCUAGAAGAAAUUUGUUCUUUUGUGAAGCAGUGGGUCAAACAGAUAAUGAGGGUUUUAGUACAAAGUCAGCAGUUACGUCGAGAACCUUCCAAUAUUGGUCCUUUAGCUGAGUUGGAUCAUUGGCGGCGACAACUUACAUCAUUUACCUCAAUCAUAGAGCACAUCAAAAGCGACCCAUGUCAAAUGUAUAUUCAUACAUUGAUUCGAGCAAAAUCUAAGCUUAUCAAGAAAUGGCGACUCAUCGACAAUCAAGUGACUGACUAUUAUAAUGAAGCAUUCGAUAAUGUGAAAUAUUUAUAUGCCUUAGAAAAGUAUUGUGAACCACUUUAUAGGUGUGAUCCACUGACAAUGCAGCAGUUUAUUCCGGGCUUACUAUACACGGUUCGAAUGGUAUAUGCCACAUCGAGAUAUUACAAUACUACAAAACAAAUAUCCACCUUGCUUGUGAAGGUUACUAAUCAAAUUCUGAACAUGUGCAUGAAUUACUUGACAAAUGGCGAUAGAAAGACAAUCUGGAAUCAGGACAAACUCAGGUUUAUUAAAAAGGCUAAGUUGUGUUUGAAUCUCUAUAGCUUUUAUCGGGAAUGUUAUAACGAGACUCAAUUGGAAAUGAUGGAAGCCGCGGAUGAGCGACCGUUCGAUUGUUCCGAAAUGUAUAUUUUUGGAAAGUUUGAAACUUUCAAAAAAAGAUUGCUAAAGAUUGUCGAUCUUUUUCAAACGUAUAUAACUUAUUACGUUCUAAACAAGACUACACUCGAAGGUAUCGAGGAGUUUGCGGUAAAUUUUAAUAAACUCUUCAAAACCAUUUCCUCGAAAACUUAUGAUGCUUUGGAUCACAGACGACCUGAUUUUGACAAAGAUUACAAACUGUACAAAGACAGUGUAGCGACACAGGAAUUACUGCUGGAGAAUUUUAUGAUUACGAGCGUAAACAAAUGUCCAACAACAGAAAUCGCAUUACACCUACUGAACAGGUUUAAAAAGCUGGAACUUGACUGUUUGUACUUAGAAGACCAAUACUAUGAUUUAAUAAGCAAGUACACUGCUGAGAUUGAAUCUAUCCGUGACAGAUAUAACGAAGAAAGGGAAAAUCCUGAUCUUCCAAGGAAUAUGCCUCCAGUUUCAGGCAGAGUAAUGUGGAUACGUUUCUAUGAUAAAAAUAUUAAAUUCCCUAUGAAGGAGUUUAUGAAACAUCACGAAGUAAUCACACACAUGAAUACACAGAGGUGCAUUAAGUUGUUUAACGUAAUGUGCAUUGUUUUUACGGAAUUUGAAUAUAUUUAUCACUAUGCCUGGACUGAAAAUGUGGGACAGGUGAGAUUGGGUCUGGUGUCUCCUCUUCUCAUUCGUCAUCCAGUGACAAAUAGGUUCAUUGUGAACUUUAAUAUUUACAUACCUGAGUGCAUUCGGGAGGUUGAGUACAUGUGGCAGUUGGGCCUCAGUGUACCUGACACAGCCCAAAUUGUUGCUUUUUGCAAAGAAAAGAUAUUCGCUGACUAUGAACGAAUCAAAUAUUUGGUGGACCGAAACGAUCAAAUUAGAAGGAGUAUGCCAAAACUCUACCUACCUUUACUACGUGCGCAACUUGUCAAGUUGGACAGUGCUUUUCAGCCUGGUCUUUCUAUUAUAACUUGGACAUCUUUAGAAAUAGGUGCAUAUUGUGACAACAUUGAGCGAGUGUUAGACGAAGUGGAUCUUUUUGUUAAAGAGGUAGUGGAUUUGAAAGAAGCUCGUAUUGACGCUAUUUUACAAUCGAUAACUAAGACCUUAUUAGUGUAUCUCCCUGAAAAGGCAGUUGAUCCAAAUAUCUUUUACGAAGAAAACCUUAUAAGACGAGAUGAAAUAGCUACGGAUUUACAACAGAAGUCAUGGAAUGCAGAAAUUGCUGUUAUAGAGCUGAUAAAUAAAUUUUUGGACAGUGUCCCUUCUCAACAGAUACGGGACUUAAAAGAUAAUUGGUUGGACGUAGAUAAAGCUUUGAAGCAAGUCACAUCAGCUACAAGAGUGUUUCCAGAAGAUGCCGCUUUUAUGGAAAUCGAAAAUCCUGAUAGAUUUGAGCCUACACAUGCAAUUAACGAGUGUAAUGAACUAUUUGCAUAUUUCGCUACGAAGUGUUUGGAAUCCCUUAUUAAGUGCACAAGACAAAGUUUGGACAUAUUAAGAAAAAGGGCUUCAGUAUCUAGUUUUCUAACGAUGACUACUGAUCCUGAAGAACAAAAGAAAUUGAAACCACUCAUGUUGACCAUGAUGUUUUUGGAAAUACCGAAAAUAUUGAUAAAACCUACCCUAGAAGAGAUCCAAUCUGCAUUUUCACAGGUUGUGCUAAAUUGCAUAAUGGAUAUACAUCGUAACGUGUUCAUGUGGGGUCAACAAGAGAUGAUAAAAAAGGAGACGCUAAAGGGUCACUCGCUUACAGCUACUAGAAGUGUUACUGGUUCCAGAUCUGGUUCAAAUAUUGUGGGAAUCAGAAGCUAUUUCCGAAUGGUAUCAGAGCACAAGGAUAUUGUUCGGGCUGUAAUGGCGCUACAGGGAAUGAUGUAUAUGUUCAAACCAGAUAUUGCAAAAUUAUUAGAUGGCUAUACUAGAUUUUCUCAUUUAUGGGCUGAAGAUAGAGUGCAACAAGUCCAAAGCUUUGUCGAUACGAAUCCUUUGAAUGUUAUCAUCAGAGAUAUGUUCAAGAAAUAUGAAAAUCAAACCGAAGAAGUUCUAAACUUACCAGAGAAGCACAUUAUAGGAUCCAUUCAGAUAGAUAUGGAUAAAAUCAAAUUGGCUCUUCAUAUUGAGUCAGUGGAAUGGAAGAGAAUUUUGGGUAAACUACUGAGUCAAGCUUAUAAAGACAGGGUACUUAAGUUGAUGCAGUUUAUAAAAGACCGUAUGAAAACCAUGAGUAAGAAAAUUAAAGAUUUAGAUGACGUCAGAGUUGCUAUGUUAUGCUUGGAAAUGAUUCGAGAGGAAUUUAUUGGAAUGGAUGUAGAAUUAGAUCUUAUCGAAGAGAGUUACGGUACUUUUCAACAAUUCAAUAUUGAUAUACCUAAAGAGGACGCUGAUAUGGUAUAUGGUUUGCGUUAUGCCUUCCAAAAUAUGUUGUCGACGGCUGCACAAGUUCAGCAAAGGAUAGUUGAUAUGCAAGGUCCCCUUCAAAAGGAACUAAACGAAGGCGUUGCAGCUUUUAAUACAGAUGUGCUUAAAUUUGAUGCUGACUACGAAGCAUGGGGACCUAUGACACCCGGACUAACAGCGCGAGAGGCUAGCGAUAGGGUUAUUAUGUUCCAAUCACGAUUCGACGAAUUGUGGCGUCGAUUCGAAAUGUACUCGAGUGGUGAAAAAUUAUUUGGAAUGGAAGUUAAGGAUUAUCCAAUACUUCACCAGAAGAAGAAGGAGUUUAAUUUGCUUAGCAAACUGUAUAGCCUUUAUUUGUCGGUGAUGAAUUCUAUUGAUGGGUAUUUUGAAACCCCAUGGGUGGCGAUUGAUAUUGAGCAAAUAGUUUCGCAAUUGGCAGAUUUCGACCUAAGAUGUCGAAAGUUACCAAGAGGAAUGAAAGAUUGGCCCGCAUAUAUUGAUUUGAAGAAUAAGAUCGACGACUUUAAUCAAACUUGUCCUUUACUGGAAUUGAUGGCUGAUAAAUCGAUGAAAGACAGACAUUGGAAGCGAUUAGAAAAUCUAAUGAAUUGUGUCUUAGAUGUAGAAUCGGACACAUUUACUUUAGCAAAUGUCAUGGAAGCUCCGUUACUGAAGUACAAAGAGGAUGUAGAAGAUAUAUGUAUAAGUGCAGUAAAAGAAAAAGAUAUAGAAGCGAAACUAAAGCAAGUUAUAGCUGAUUGGGCAGUUGUAGACCUUACCUUCGCACCGUUUAAAAAUCGAGGGGAACUGCUAAUUAAACCUCAAGAGACGCUUGAUAUUAUAACAAUGCUCGAAGACUCGUUGAUGAUUUUAAAUUCACUGGCUUCUAAUAGAUAUAAUGCGCCAUUUAAGAGGGACAUAUUAUUAUGGAUAAACAAAUUAGUUGGUACCACAGACAUUUUAGAGAAGUGGCUUCAGGUUCAAAACUUGUGGAUGUAUCUGGAAGCUGUGUUUGUUGGUGGAGAUAUUGCUAAACAGUUGCCGGCCGAAGCGAAGAGAUUUGCGACUAUAGACAAGACUUACGUUAAAAUAAUGUAUCGUGCACGAGAUAUAGUGAAUUGCGUGGAAACAUGUGUGUCAGAUGAUACUUUAAAACAACUACUACCGCAUCUGAUAGAACAACUCGAGGCUUGUCAAAAAUCCCUCACGGGAUAUCUGGAGACAAAGCGACUUAUCUUUCCGAGAUUCUUCUUUGUAUCGGAUCCUGUACUUCUGGAAAUUCUUGGACAAGCGUCCAAUCCUCAUUCUAUUCAGCCACAUUUACCAAGUAUAUUCGAUGCUAUAUACACGGUCGAUUUUGACGAUAAAGAUCGAAUAAUAAAUAUGAAUUCUGAUAAUGGGGAGUCUAUUCCUUUGGACAGACCCGUUAAUUGCAUUGGUGGAGUUGAGAUAUGGCUUAAUACUUUGUUGGACACGAUGAAAGAUACUGUCAGAAACAUUAUCGCUAACAUUGCGCAAACAAUGGCAGGCGAUCCAGAAUUUGAAUUUUUGGUUGGUUUUUGGAAUUUUCCUGGACAGGCAAGUCUUUUGGGAAUGCAAAUAUUGUGGACUAGUGAUGCAGAGUAUGCUUUGAAGAAAGCAAGAGUUGAUCGCUUUAUUAUGAGGUUAACUAAUCAAAAGAAUUUGGAUUUACUAAAUGGGCUGAUUGAUCAAACUGUUAAAGAUUUAGCGCCUCUGGAUCGAACCAGAGUUGAAACUAUGAUUACGAUUCAUGUGCAUCAAAGAGAUAUAUUUGACGAUCUUGUGAAAAUGAGAAUCAAGACGCCAGCCGAUUUCGAAUGGCAGAAGCAAGCUCGUUUCUAUUAUUUCGAAGAUAGUGAUGACUGCAUUGUUUCUAUUACUGAUGUCGAUUUUCUAUACCAGAACGAGUACUUGGGUAUAACUGAGCGACUUGUAAUUACUCCACUGACGGAUCGUUGCUAUAUUACACUAUCGCAAGCGAUAGGCAUGAGCAUGGGAGGUGCACCCGCUGGACCAGCUGGUACUGGCAAGACCGAGACCACUAAAGAUAUGGCGAGAACAUUGGGCAAAUUGGUCAUAGUAUUUAACUGCUCAGAUCAAAUGGACUUUAGAGGAUUGGGUCGUAUAUACAAAGGUUUGGCUCAAUCUGGAACGUGGGGUUGCUUCGACGAAUUCAAUCGUAUUGAGUUGCCUGUCCUUUCUGUGGCAGCUCAGCAGAUUUAUAUUUGUCUGACAGCCAGAAGACAGAAGAAAGACUUCUUUAUUUUUAGUGAUGGAGAUACAGUAAGUUUGAAUCCGGAAUUUGCGUUUAUUAUUACAAUGAACCCUGGAUACGCUGGAAGACAAGAGUUACCAGAAAAUUUAAAGAUUCAGUUCCGUUCAGUGGCCAUGAUGGUACCUGAUAGACAAAUUAUUAUCAGAGUGAAGUUGGCCAGUUGUGGUUUUAAGGAAAAUAUUUUAUUAGCCCGAAAGUUCUUUACUUUAUACAAGCUUUGUGAAGAGCAAUUGUCGAAACAAGUACAUUACGAUUUUGGACUUCGUAAUAUUUUGUCAGUAUUAAGAACAAUGGGUUCACAGAAGCGGGCAAAUCCAGAAAGUACAGAAGAAAACAUUAUGAUGAGAGUAUUGAAAGAAAUGAAUGUAUCAAAACUUGUUGAUGAAGACGAGCCAUUAUUCGUUUCUCUAAUUGAGGAUUUAUUCCCUGGUAUUAAACUAAGUCAGACAUCACACAAGGAAAUGCAGCGCGCUAUUAAUAUAGUAACAGAGCGAACGGGCUUAGUAAAUCACCCGGAAUGGAAUUUAAAGAUUAUUCAAUUGUAUGAAACGUCACUGGUACGACAUGGACUAAUGACAAUGGGGCCAACUGGAUCUGGAAAAACAACAUGCAUCCACACUUUGAUGGCAGCCCUGACAGAAGUUGGUAAACCUCAUAGAGAAAUGAGAAUGAAUCCAAAAGCUAUCACAGCUCCACAAAUGUUUGGCCGAUUAGAUGUUGCGACCAACGAUUGGACGGAUGGUAUAUUUUCUACUUUAUGGCGAAGAGCUUUGAAAGUCAAGAAAUCAGAUACCACUUGGAUUGUUUUAGAUGGCCCAGUAGAUGCUGUGUGGAUUGAAAAUUUAAAUUCUGUAUUAGAUGACAAUAAAACAUUAACAUUAGCAAAUGGCGAUCGUAUUUCAAUGGCCCAAAAUAGUAAGCUAGUAUUUGAGCCUGACAACGUCGACAACGCCUCGCCUGCGACUGUCAGUCGAAUGGGCAUGGUCUUCUUAUCUUCUUCCGUAUUAAAGUGGCAGCCGAUCUUAGAAGGAUGGCUUAAAACAAGACCGCAAAAAGAAGCAGACGUAUUUAGAACUGCUUUUAAUAAAGUGUAUGAUGAUGUCCAUUCUUUUGUACAACAAAAACUACCCGCUAAGAUGAAGUUGCUAGAGGCUAUUUACAUUAGGCAAUGUAUUGACGUUCUAAUGGGAUUAUUGCAAAUAGAAAUUCCUGGUGGCAAACUACACACUGAUCGCCAUUUGGAAAGAUUAUUUGUGUUUUCAAUGAUGUGGUCACUGGGAACAGCGUUAGAAUUAGACGCCCGUUUCCGUAUGGCCGAAUUUAUGACAAAACUGCCAGUUCGUAUGGAUUGGCCCGGGGCUCGAUCCAAGGAGUGGGUUAUGCCUUUCGAAUAUAUGGUCAACGAAGUCGGCCAAUGGCAACACUGGUCUGAAAGCGUAGAAGACUUCUAUUACCCACCAGAUACCGUACCUGAAUAUGCUUCUAUAUUGGUUCCUAAUAUUGAUAAUGUUUGUAUAUCAUUCCUAAUUGAUACGAUUGCUAAACAAAAUAAAGCAGUUCUAUUAAUUGGUGAGCAAGGAACCGCUAAAACUGUAAUGCUUAAGAGUUACAUGUCGAAAUAUGAUAGUGAAGUCAAACUGUAUAAGAUGAUAAACUUCUCAUCUGCUACCACUCCAAACAUGUUCCAGCGGAUAAUUGAGUCUUAUGUUGAAAAAAGAGUGGGAAUGACCUAUGGACCACCAAGCGGAAGGUCCAUGACAGUCUUUGUAGAUGACAUCAACAUGCCUGUCGUCAACGAAUGGGGUGACCAGGUUACUAAUGAAAUAGUGCGUCAAAUGAUGGAAUGUGGAGGAUUUUACUCUUUAGAUAAACCUGGAGAUUUUAUUAUAAUUGCUGACAUACAAAUGUUUGGAGCAAUGAUUCAUCCUGGUGGUGGGCGAAACGACAUUCCACCACGGUUGAAACGCCAAUUUAAUAUAUUUAAUUGCACUUUGCCAAGUACUGUUUCAAUGGAUAAAAUAUUUGAAACCAUAAGUGCUGGUUACUUUUGCAAGACGCGAUUUGAUAAAAAGAUAGUCGAUUUCAUGCCAAGGUUGGUUCCCGUUACGCGAAUAAUAUGGCAACAGACAAAAAUUAAAAUGUUACCAACACCGGCGAAGUUUCACUACGUGUUUAAUCUCAGGGAUUUGUCUCGAAUUUGGGAAGGUAUUCUCACUAUCAAGCGAGAAGAAUUGCAAUCUAUCAAAACUGCACUUAAGUUGUGGUUCCACGAGUGUUUGAGAGUCAUUUCAGAUAGGUUCACGACAUUCGACGAUAAAGAUUGGUUUGUGGCCAACUUUUGGAAAACUGCUACCCAAGAAUUGUCGGAUGUGAUUAACGAAUUUCCCGAAGAGGAGACGUACUUCGUUAAUUUCUUGAGAGAACCGGUCGAUCCUACGGGAGACGAAGAGGAAGACUUUAGCACUGAUGCACCUAAAAUAUACGAGGAACUUCCUUCUUGGGAGUUCGUGCUAACGAAACUAGGUCAAUUCCAAGAUCAAUUCAAUGAGCAAAUUAGAGGAGCUCAUUUAGAUUUGGUGUUCUUCCAUGAUGCGAUGGUCCACUUAUUUAUAAUAUCGAGAAUUAUCAAUACAGCACGUGGAAAUGCUUUGCUCGUAGGCGUCGGAGGCUCUGGUAAACAAAGUUUAACUAAGUUGGCAACGUUUAUUGCAAAUUUCUCAUUUUAUCAAAUAACAUUAACGAGGGCGUAUAACGUGAAUAAUUUUAUGGACGACAUAAAAAUUUUGUACCGAAUGGCUGGUCUUCAGGGACAAGGUGUUUCGUUCAUAUUUACGGACAAUGAUAUUAAAGAUGAACAAUUUCUUGAAUUUCUGAAUAAUAUUUUGAGUUCUGGUGAAAUUGCUAACCUUUUCCCAAAGGAUGAAUUGGAUGAAAUACUUAAUGAACUAAUGCCGAUAAUGAAGAAAUACGCUCCAAAACGAAUUCCGGUUCCCGAUGUAUUAUAUGAGUACUUUAUCAUGCGCUCAAGAGCAAAUCUGCACGUUGUUUUAUGCUUCUCGCCGGUCGGCGAGAAAUUCCGAAGUAGAGCAUUAAAAUUCCCAGGUCUAAUAUCUGGAUCAACAAUGGAUUGGUUUCAAAAAUGGCCCAGAGAGGCGUUGAUCGAAGUAGCGCAUCAUUUCCUUUGGGAUUUUAAUGUGGUGUGUUCUACUGAAACGAAAACUCAGUUGAUAGAGAUAAUGGGAAUGGUACAAGAUAACGUUGCUGAUACAUGCACAAUGUAUUAUGAAAAGUUUAGAAGGCAGACACACGUCACUCCUAAGUCUUAUCUAUCCUUCCUCGAAGGGUAUAAAGUGUUAUAUAAGGAGAAGCACAUGCAGAUAGCUGAAUUAGCUCGAAGAAUGACAACGGGAUUGGACAAAUUGGUUGAAGCGGCAGCGAGUGUCGAUGAGCUUAAGAAAGAGCUAGAAGUCAAAGAAUUAGAAAUAAAGGAAGCAACGGCUAAAGCGGAAGAAGUACUGGCUGCUGUAGCAGAAUCGGCAGCUGCGGCUGAGGUAGUUAAAGCUGAGGUAUUGGCGGUGAAAGACCGUGCCGUGAAACUCGUGAGUGUAAUUGCUGCAGAAACUGCUGUUGCUGAAGAAAAACUCGCAGCCGCUAAGCCAGCUCUGGAUGCUGCUGAAGCAGCGUUACUGACAAUUAAUGCAGCAGAUAUUGCGACGGUUCGAAAAUUGGGCAAGCCACCGUACCUUAUCACAUUGAUCAUGGAUGCUGUCAUACUUCUAUUUAGGAAGCGCAUUGACCCAAUCAGACCUGAUCCAGAAAAACAAUUUCUUACUGCGUCUUGGGCUGAGUCUUUGAAAGUCAUGGCAGAUGCGAGAUUUUUGAAUAAUUUAAAAUUUUAUCCUAAAGAUGAAAUUAAUGCGGAAAUGGUAGAUUUAUUGCAGCCUUAUUUUAGUUUCAGUCAAUAUACGUUUGAAGCGGCUAAGAUAGCUUGCGGAAAUGUUGCUGGCUUGAUAUCAUGGACCAUUGCUAUGGCACAAUUUUACUCGGUAAACAAAGAUGUGCUGCCAUUAAAAGCUAAUCUAGCUGUGAUGCAAGGCAAGUAUCAAGCAGCCAAACGAGAACUUGAAGCUGCUGAAGCAUUAUUGGAGGCAAAAGAGCGAGAACUAGGUGAAGUACAGCGUCAGUUUGAAGAGGCGAUGUCAUUGAAGCAAGCAGUGCUAGACGACGCUGCUAAAUGUCAACAGAAAAUGGACGCCGCAACUGCGCUUAUCAACGGUCUCAGUGGUGAACGAAUUCGCUGGACAGAACAAUCUGCUCUUUUCAAAUCCGAGAUCGAGAGACUUGUUGGUGAUAUUCUAUUGCUUACUGGAUUUUUGUCGUACACUGGACCCUUUAAUCAAGAGUUCAGAUUACUUUUAAUACAAAAUUGGCUGCAUGAGUUACUAAGAAGAAAAAUACCCGUUUCUAUGAACUUGAGCAUCACUGAUCAGCUGACAGAUGCUGCUACGGUUGGUGAUUGGAACUUAUGUGGAUUGCCGACAGACGAGUUGUCAGUACAGAACGGUAUUAUUGUGACGAAGGCUUCUCGAUUCCCAUUACUCAUCGAUCCACAGACGCAAGGAAAGAUUUGGAUUAAAAACAUGGAGAAGUUUAACGAUCUCAUCGUCACUACACUCAAUCAUAAAUAUUUUAGAAACCACGUUGAAGACUGCGUAUCUCUCGGUAGACCAAUGUUGAUUGAAGACGUUGCCGAAGAGUUAGAUCCAGCUUUGGAUAAUAUUUUGGAGAAAAAUUAUAUAAAAAUUGGUUCUUCUUACAAAGUGAAGUUAGGUGAUAAAGAAAUAGAUGUAACUGCGGGUCAUAAAAUUUAUAUAACUACAAAACUACCAAAUCCUGCUUACACUCCGGAAAUAUCGGCUCGGACUUCUAUUAUAGAUUUUACGGUCACCAUGCAAGGUCUAGAAGAUCAAUUAUUAGGACGUGUAAUUUUAACGGAGAAAGCAGAGAUGGAAGCGGAACGAACCCAGUUGAUAAUGGAUGUGACGGCCAACCGGCGAAAAAUGCAGGAGCUGGAAGAGAACCUAUUGCACAAGCUGACUACCAUACAAGGAUCAUUAGUAGAAGACGUGUCUUUGAUACAAGUUUUGAACAUCACAAAAGCUACAGCUACUGAGGUUAAGGAAAAGUUAGACGGUGCAAAAGAAACUGAACAGAAAAUUAACAUUGCACGUGAAGAGUUCCGUCCAGUUGCGACUCGUGGUUCAGUUUUAUACUUCCUGAUCUGCAACAUGUCGCUUGUGUGCAACAUGUACCAGACGUCAUUGGCGCAAUUUUUGGAAAGAUUCGAUAUUUCCAUGGAACGAUCUCCGCCAAGCCCAAUUACGUUUAAAAGAAUUGCUUUCAUCAUUGAGUAUUUGACUUACGAUGUGUGGAAGUAUAUAAGUCGAGGCUUUUAUGAAAAACAUAAGUACCUGUUUACGUUAUUGCUUACUCUUAAGAUAGAUCUACAAAGAGAAUACAUAUCGUAUGAAGAAUUUCAAACGUUUAUAAAAGGAGGUGCAGCGCUAGAUUUGAAUGCUUGCCCUCCAAAACCAUUUAAAUGGAUAACUGAUAUGUCUUGGCUGAAUCUGGUCCAACUGUCCAGCUUAAGACAAUUUACAAAUAUACUCGAUCAAGUAACAAACAAUGAAAAGGGUUGGAAGAAUUGGUUUGACAAAGAAGCUCCUGAAGAUGAACCAUUACCUGAUGGAUAUCAGACUUUAGAUGUCUUCAGAAAGCUUUUAGUCGUCAGGUCGUGGUGUCCUGAUCGAGCGCUGGCACAGAGUUUGAAAUAUGUCAUACAUUCGAUGGGAUCGAAAUUUUCUGAAGCCGUUAUCGUGAAUUACGAGCAAAUGGUAAUUGAAUCGCGUCCUCUGGUACCGCUCAUUGGAUUCCUCUCUAUGGGUUCGGACCCAACGCCAUCUAUUGAGCAAACUGCAAAGAAGUUGGAGUGUCUCUGUUCCUCUAUAUCAAUGGGCCAAGGACAGGAGGUCCAUGCGAGAAAACUGAUUGAUAGAGCUCUUAAAGAGGGAUUGUGGGUGUUGCUUCAAAACUGCCACCUUGGUUUAGAAUAUAUGGUCGAAGUGAUGGAGCAGUUCGGAGAGUUGGAGAAGGAUCCAGAAAAAGUACACGAAACAUUUAGACUUUGGAUUACAACUGAAGUUCACGAUAAAUUUCCUAUAACAUUAUUACAAAUGUCUAUCAAAUAUACUUGUGAACCCCCAUCGGGCAUAAAAGCUGGCUUAAUGAGAACGUAUGAUUCGAUGGGUCAAGACUUUUUGGAUUAUAGCGAUAGUCCAUUCUAUCUUCCUCUGAUAUACACGAUAUCAUUCCUACACACUGUUGUCCAAGAGAGACGUAAAUUUGGUCCUUUGGGAUGGAAUAUUCCAUACGAGUUCAAUUCAGCGGAUUGGUUAGCGUCUUGUAUGUUUGUUCAGAAUCAUUUGGAUGUUUUGGAACCUGGACAAUCCGUUAGUUGGACAACCGUCAGAUAUAUGGUUUCGGCUGUGCAAUAUGGUGGUCGGGUCACUGACGAUUACGACAAUCGCUUGUUAACAACGUUUUGUAAAGUGUGGUUCACUGAACAAUUGUUCUCUGAGGACUUCCAAUUUUACAAGAACUACGGCAUAAUGAAGUUCAAGAAUAUACCUGAAUAUAUAGAAGAAAUUGAGAAGAUGAAAACCGUCGAUCCUCCUCAAGCUUACGGCUUACAUACGAAUGCCGAUAUUACUUAUCAGAGAAAUAAAACUCAGGAAUUAUUGGAUACCAUACUCUCAAUUCAGCCGAAAGAGUCGAGUUCAGGAGGCGGAGAAACGCGCGAAGCAUCGGUUUACAGACAAAGUCUGGAAAUGUUAGAGAAAGUACCACCCAAUUUUGAUCCUCACGAAGUCAAAGAAAGGUUAAGAUACUAUGGAAUACUGAACUCGAUGGUUAUAUUUUUGCGACAAGAAAUUGACAGAAUGCAAAAAGUAAUAUCGCUAGUUCGAACAACUCUCAAAGAUUUAUUGCUCGCCAUUGACGGUACAAUUAUUAUGAAUGAGGCGCUCAGAGAUUCGCUCGACAACAUAUACGACGCGAAAGUUCCGAGCAUCUGGCAGAAAGGUUCAUGGUCAUCGUCCACGCUCGGUUUCUGGUUCACGGAAUUUUUGGAGCGGAACAUUCAGUUCUCGAACUGGUGCUUCCAGGCCAGGCCGUUCUCAUUUUGGAUGACUGGCUUUUUUAAUCCUCAAGGGUUUUUAACGGCUAUGCGACAAGAGGUGACUAGAGCUCAUAAGGGAUGGGCGUUGGACAUGGUUUCACUGCACAAUGACGUCACUAAAUCCAUUUAUGAUGAAAUAAAGGCACCACCUGCGGAGGGAGUGUACGUUCAUGGUUUGUUUUUGGACGGCGCGGGUUGGGACCGACGCAAUCAGAGGCUAAUGGAAUCAACACUGAAAGUCUUGUAUACUCAGUUGCCAGUUGUACACAUCUACGCCAUCAACUCCACAGCUCCCAAGGAUCCCAAGCUAUACCAGUGUCCAGUUUACAAGAAACCGCGUCGUACGGAUCUCACUUUCAUUACACCAUUGUGGCUGCCAACUAUCAAAAAUCCCGAUCACUGGAUUCUCAGAGGGGUUGCCAUUUUAUGCGAUAUUAAGUAAAUACAUACAGUUACGAGCUUUCGAGCAGUGCAGUGUGCUUUUCUCGUCAGAUACAUUAUUUUGUAAUAUUUUAAUUUUUAGAAUAUUUAAAGUAAAAUAAAAGUCUAUAUAUAUUUA